UUUGUUUUCAAUAUUGCACCAUUCAAAUGUACACUUUGGCAAUGUCUAAAAAAACAGUGAUGGUUUGAGUGUCCUAUUAUCGCCAUCAGUAUCAGAGGCUCCAAAUUCGAUCCUUUCAUCGCCAGUCACAAGAGAAAAUAUAGUUUCCGAUCACAAUCAAGAUGAAAAGUCGAAGCGGCUAUGUCCCACCGCCUUAUAUACCCUUGGGACAGUCGGACGAAGCGCUUCCUCGUCCUGCUGAGGAGGGGGAGAUGGAUGGAGAUUGUGAACCAAGGCCGUCGCCAUCGCAGCCGCACUCGCAAUCCCAGACUCAGUUUGUUCAGUGGUCUUCUGGAAUCUGUGCUUGUUGCGAUGACAUGCAGAGCUGUUGUAUAGGUCUUUUUUUCCCCUGCUUUUUGUUCGGAAAGAAUGCUGAAUUUUUGGGUUCUGGUACUUUAGUCGGAUCCUGCGUCACCCAUUUCAUUCUUUGGGCUUUUAUAAACACUGUCUGCUGCGUGUUAACUCAAGGCCUUUUAUUGGCCUUACCUGGAUGCUUUGUCUCUAGUUAUGCUUGUGGGUACAGGAGGGCGCUUCGAUCCGGAUACAACUUGCAGGACGCACCUUGUGGGGACUUUGCUACUCACUUUUUCUGCCAUCUAUGUGCCAUUUGUCAAGAGUACAGGGAGAUUUGUGGGAGGGCGGGGGACUGUAAACCCCCUGAUCUUAAUCUGGCUGUGGUCACUGCACCAGCCAUCCAGACAAUGGAAUCAUCAAGUCUCUAGUAAUAAAAUGCUGUUGCUUCAAUUUUCUUUAUGUUCAGCGCCUGUUACAAGAUGCUCUAUGGUCAUGUACAAAGAUGGUCGAGACUGGUUUGAGG